AUGGAGCUGCCCCCCAGCCAAUUCCCGGCCAGCCGGGCCGCUGCCGUGGCCCUGGGCUACCUGUGCUACCUGCGGGGUGGCCCCGGCCGGGGGCUGCAGCUGCGGGAGCUGCGGAGCGCCCGGCACCAGGACAUUGAUGAUGUUGGGCACAAGUACUACCUGGAACUGGAGCUGGAAGAUGUGCUGGACAAAGCCAGGACUGUGAGCUGCACUGCUGAGGUUCUGUAUCACCUGGGCAGCAAAACCUCUGCUCCAGAUGUGCAGGUCACAGUGCAAGGAGAGCUCAGGAGCACAGAGGAAGCAGAUCAGGAAUUCUACAACUGGAUCAGGAGCCUGGAAAAGGAACUUGUGGCUGAGAACAUCCCAGACAGCCAUGGGAACGUUCCCCCAGAGCUGGAGCCCAUCCACCUGCUGGCCUGGGUGGCCUCUGGCUUCGUGAUCUGGCAGAAUUCCACUGAAAACACCAAAUUCCACCUUGCCCAAGUUAAACACGUGAAGCAAGUGAAAAGAAGUGAUGAAGAUCUUCAGUUUGACUACGUGGUUCUACUCCACGAAAUGGUGUCCCAGGAGGUGCUGCCCUGGCAGGUGACCCUGCUGUGGCACCCCCAGCGUGGGGCCCGGGUGUCCCAGUGCCAGGGACCAGGAGCAGGGAACACCUGAGCACCCCUGGGAGCAGCUCCAGAGCUCCCAGCCCUGGCAGGAGGCACAGAAGGAGAUGGGAGUGAGGAUCUACCACGGUACAAGAGACGAAAUUAAAACUUUCCUGAGCGUUUCUGA